AUGUCAGCAGAAAAGCGCCCCGCGGGGGAUGACUUUAACUCAUCCCAGAUGGUCGUGAAGAGGCCGAAUCUGGGAAAGGACAGUAAGGCUGUAGCUGUGGUCAAUGGAUCCGCAGCCAAUGGCGCGCUCAUCCAGGCGGUACCGCGGACGAGUUCGUUGCAGGCUCCAGUGAUGGAACUCACGGGUCAUUCUGGAGAGGUUUUCUGCGCCAAGUUCGAUCCCAAUGGUAAUUAUAUUGCUUCGGGUUCGAUGGACAGAUCAAUCAUGCUUUGGAGGACUUAUGGAUCCUGUGAGAACUACGGAAUCUUGCAUGGCCACAAAGGCGCAGUCCUCGAUUUGCACUGGUCGCGGGAUUCACGGGUGUUAUUUUCCGCUUCUGCAGAUAUGCAUCUUGCAAGUUGGGAUCUUGAGACGGGCACGAGGAUACGAAGGCAUGUGGGCCACGAGGAGGUGGUGAAUACAAUGGAUAUCAGCAAACGAGGCGAAGAACUACUCAUUAGCGGCUCCGAUGAUGGAUAUAUCGGGAUAUGGGAUCCUCGAACGAAGGCUGCGGUCGACUUUAUUGAGACGGAAUUUCCUGUCACAGCUGUUGCGUUGGCUGAGGCCGGAAACGAGAUAUACUCAGGCGGGAUCGACAAUGAUAUCAAGGUGUGGGAUAUGAGGCGGAAGGCUGUGGUUUACUCUAUGCUUGGCCAUACGGAUACGAUUUCCUCCCUUCGAAUCUCCCCCGAUUCCCAGUCGUUGCUAUCGAAUUCCAUGGAUUCGACCGUACAGACUUGGGACAUCAGGCCGUUUGCACCCACCGAGCGGCAUAUCCGAACCUUCGACGGAGCUCCAGCGGGCCUGGAGAAGAAUCUCAUCUCGGCCAGUUGGGAUUCUGAUGGAAAAAAGAUUGCUGCUGGUGCGGGAGACGGGACUGCUGUGAUAUGGAACAGUGAGACUGGCAAGAUGUUAUACAAACUGCCCGGACACAAGGGCACUGUGAACUGCGCGGAAUUCUCGCCCUCUUCAGAUCCUAUCAUCCUCUCCGGCUCUUCGGAUCGCAAUCUACUGCUAGGGGAGCUAAAGUGA